AACUCUUGAUCAACUCUGCACAAAAUCAUCAGUUUGCAAAAUAAACUCGUAUCCAAAAUCAGUUUCACAAAUGAAGUCUCUUCUGUUUUCAAUAUCUCCAUUUAUUUUUGUUGUUCUCUUCGCAUUGUCAUGGGCAACUUCAGCUUAUGCCGAUGAGAGCUUUCUUGAUUGCCUUUCUCUUCAUUCUAAAGAUUACUCUUCCAUUUCCAAAGUUGUUUACACUCAAAAUAAUUCUUCUUAUUCAUCUGUUUUGGAGUCUACCAUUCGAAAUUUCAGAUUCACUGCACCCACUACCCCUAAACCUUUGGUCAUUGUGACACCUUUGGAUGUCUCCCAUAUUCAAGCAACAAUUUAUUGUUCAAGGAAACAUGGGCUCCAAAUUAGGACACGGAGUGGAGGUCAUGAUUUUGAAGGUCUUUCUUAUGUUUCUGAAGUUCCAUUUGUCAUCGUUGAUAUGGUUAAUUUACGAUCAGUUGACAUUGACGUAAAAAAUAGAGUUGCAUGGGUUCAAUCAGGAGCUGUUCUGGGAGAAUUGUAUUACAAAAUUGCCGCGACAAGCAAUACUCUUGCCUUUCCAGCUGGUCUUUGCCCCACUGUAGGAAUUGGAGGAUACUUAAGCGGAGGAGGUUAUGGCAUAUUGUUUCGAAAAUACGGUCUUGCCACGGAUAAUGUAAUUGACGCACAACUUGUUGAUGUUAACGGGAGAGUUCUGGAUAGAAAAUCCAUGGGAGAAGAUCUGUUUUGGGCCAUUCGAGGAGGUGGAGGGGGUAGCUUUGGAAUUGUUGUUGCAUGGAAAGUGCAGUUGGUUUCUGUUCCAGCAACAAUGACUGUAUUCUCUAUCAACAAGACCUUGGAACAAAAUGCGACCAAACUUGUUCACCGUUGGCAAUCUGUUGCACCCAAGCUUCCAGAUGGUUUUUACUCCGGUGUUACCCUAACAAGGGUGAAUUCCAGUCAAGAUGGGAAGAAGACAAUUCUAGCUUCUUUUCAUUCCUCCUUUCUUGGUGGCAUUGACGAGCUCGUACCAUUGAUGCAAGAGAGGUUUCCUGAGCUAGGAUUGGUGAGGGAAGAUUGCAUUGAAAUGAGUUGGAUUGAAUCUAUUCUCUACAUGGGCCAACUUUCAAAUGAAACCUUGGAUAUUUUACUUGAUAGGACUUUCCAGAGUCCUCUUCUUAGUCCUUCCUUCAAAUCAAAAUCAGAUUACGUGAAGAAACCUAUUCCUGAAAUUGCAUUUCAAGGGUUAUGGUCCAAGCUUUUUGAGGAAGAAGCAAGAUUUGCUAGUUUAAGUUUUAUUGCUUACGGAGGCAUAAUGGAUGAA